GUAAAUGCACCGUCGCCAAGUAGACUGUCGCCCAGAAGCACAGAACAGAGCUCGUCACACACAUCAGCGAGAAAUCGCUUCAAACUAGGCCUAACUUCCUCAGUUCUUUCAAAUACUGUUCGGUUAUGGUCGUAACAUGUUUAUUAUAACGCAGAUUGAAGACCAAAUUCGCGUGCAGCCAGCGGACUUGACAAAGGCGCCCCUCGACGCCGUCACGCAGGUCAUAGAGCAGCGCUUCGUCGACAAAGUUAUCCCGAACCUGGGCUUAGUGGUAUCAAUUUACGACGUCACAAACAUAGAGGGCGGCUUCGUGUAUCCGAACGACGGCGCAGCUUUCUUCACGGUGCAAUUUAGGUUGGUUGUCUUUCGCCCCUUCAUUGGCGAGAUUAUCGUGGGGAAGCUCAAAUCAUGUUCAAGGGAGGGGCUGCGCAUCUCGCUGGACUUCUUCGAUGACAUCCUCAUUCCCGAGCACGCGCUGCAGGACCCGUCCUUCUAUGACGAGGCCGAGCGGCUGUGGGUGUGGAAGUUCGACGGCAACGACAUGUACAUGGACUUGCAGGAGCCCAUUCGCUUCCGUGUGCACAGCGUAAAGUUCAACUCGCCGCCCACACCCAUCCAGCUGGCCAACGCGACAGGUGACGACAAGCUGCUGGGCACCGCCGCCAAGCCCUUCAGCCCCAUGGUGGUGGUGGGCGACAUCAACGGCGACGGCCUGGGCUGCACGUCCUGGUGGGCGGGGUGACGCAGCAGCACGUGAAGCACGUGCAGCUGGCGCGGCUGCGGAGGCUGUGGAGGCUGCGGAGGCUGUGGAGGCUGUGGAGGUGGGCAGCGGCUUUGGGUGGCGUGCAGCGUACCGGAACGCGGCGGCUGCAUUCGCGUAGGCAUUGCGGUGCUUCAUGGCGGGAAGGCGAUGGGCCUGGCGCGUGGCUGGUGCUUGGAGCAAGCGGCGUUGGCAUGUGGUGCGCCAGUGUGUGAAAUGCAUGCUGGUUGGAGAGGGCAAGCGGCGAGGGUGAGCUUGGAAUGCAGCCUGGGCCUAGAUGGAGGUCCACCUCGGAGCACGGGGUUUCUAGUUGUGCGUGUGGCCGCACAGCGGGCGGGUGUUGCGGCCUGCUGCGGAAGGGCAGUCUGACGGCGCUGAAGCGGAGGCGGUGGCAGGGCACUGCCCAUCGUGCGCCUCUGGUACAGUAAGAUAGGGUCAGUGCGACGGUUGUGCGGCAGGUGGUGAGGCCCUCACGGCGGAUGUUACAAUGUGGACACGCGGUAUGUGGACGUACCCCCAGAAACACGGUGCGCGUGCCAGCGUGGCGACGGUUGCACUAUUGAAGCGGCACGUCUGCUUUGUAGUGUUGACGUCGGCUAGCAGCCUAGCACGCAGAUGCCGAGUCGGUAUGGUACGCAACAAAGUACCUCUGUCUGUGGCGUAGUGGACGUGUGUGCCUCCCACUCGCAGGAAUGCGGGUACAAGCCACUGAAGCCAGUACAAGCCGUACAGCCGCACAGGGCCUACACGCGUGAUGGCCCUUAUGCAACCUCAGGCAGCUUCA